GACCUAUACAACAAUAUUCUUUUGUGAAACAAGAAGCAAAUUAGAGAAGCUCUCAGAAUGUCGGGUAAAAAUCCAUUUUUUGAUGAAGGAACAGCAGGUAGCGGGGGAGCUGGAAGUUCCUGGAAUGAUUGGGAAGAUGUUGGAAAAGAAUCGACCGACUAUGAUUCGAAAAAUGAUUAUGGAUUUGAUUUUCAGAGCAAACAAAUGGAAAUUGAUAGACGGAAACAGAACAUGUUAUCUAGCACACAGAGGUCUAUGGGACUGAUGUAUGAAGCGGAGCAGGUCGGGAAUGAAACGGCAGCAGAACUGUUACACCAAGGUGAGCAACUGCAGAGAGUGGACACCAAGCUGGACAAAAUGGACAAAGACCUUGACAUCUCCAAGAGGCACAUCACGUCCAUGAAGUCCAUCUUCGGAGGCAUCGUCAACUACUUCAACAAGCCCAAACCCGACCAGCAGGAGCAGGCUGCCCCGCCCCGAGGCCCCAGCAAGCUCAAGACGCACAUGGAGCGGUCAGAGGCGGAGGAAGAGAUGAGGAGGGCGAACACCGAUCACCCCGCCCUGAAGCUCAGAGGGGUGGGGGCUUCGGAGACCAAUGCAGGAGGGUGGGGUCCAUCUUCUACGGCAGGGUUUGGAGCGGAGGACGACGGUGGGGUGGGGUCGACGAGUAAUGUGUUGCAGUCGCCCGGUAUGAAGGACUUUGACAAUCAACUCAAUUCCAAUCUAGAUGACAUCACCUCUGGCAUUGGUCGUCUGAAGGGUCUGGCUAUGGGACUGAACGAUGAACUGGACAAACAGAACGAUGACAUCGAUAGGAUAACGGGCAAGGUGGGGAGAGUGGACGUCAAGCUGGGUCAAACGGACAAGGAAGUCAAGAAGAUACUCAGGAGAUAAUGAUGGCUGGCCGUGAGAAACGCAAGCAGCUGUCUUUGAAUUCCUUGGUUUGAACUUGAUCCAUAUGAACAGAUAAAUAUUAAUAUUUGUAUUAUUGUUAUUAUUAUUUUGCUCCAUGCUCAUAUCAUUGAUAAAAGAUCAGCAUCUUGAAUUUGUAGAUACGUGACUUUCAUGAACAUUUCAUUUUAUAUGUUUCAAGGUAAAUUUCUGCAGGUUGAGUCAUUUUGUCUAUUUGGAGUCAGAAGUAUAUAGUCAAACCUGCCUUAGUGACCACCUGUCUACAAAGACCACUUUUUGUGUUUCCCUUGGGUGGUCGCUUUAGACAGGUUUGACUGUAUUUUUAAAUAAAGCCCUUCUUGCUCUGAACAGAUGAUUCCUUCUUUUCUAUGUGGGAUAGUGAAGCAUAAACAAUAGCAUGAGUAAAUUUGUCAGCUCUUGAUGAUCGCACUUGAAAGAUGUUCAUUUCUGUAAAUACAAUUAUGCAGGAUCGUUGUUAUCAAACCAUUUUUAAUUUAUUUUUUUUUUCUAUUUUUUUUAUCUUGAAUUCUUUUCCUCCUAAAUACUCUGAAGAAGAGUUUUGACUGGAGGUGGUGGAGGGUGGACGAUUACAUUUUGGUAGUCACGGGCCAAAACCUCCUCAUAGUCCUCCUUUUCAUAGCGCUUUUGCAAGCACAAGUAUUUGUAUUAUGCACUGACACAGGGCAUUUGUGUGUAGACUGUAGACAAUUUAUUUUGAAGUCCAUCAAUCUGUGAACCAUAUCUUAUAAAAGAUUUUUGUUGUUGUUUUUUUGUCAAUGCCAAGUCUGGAGGAUAGAGUAUCUUUAAAAAAAAAUAAUAAUAAUGAAAUAAAAACCUGCAGGUCUGAACUAAGCAUUGCCCUUACAGCUCCUAAAAAUACUCUCAUAAGUGAUGUGAAAUACUUCCAUUCAAAAAAAUAUAUUUAUAGAUCUGCAAACUGCCAACAAGAAUAGUAAUUCAAUAAUUUUGCCAUGUUGAAAUCGUGGACAAAAUGUAUUCUUGGGGUUAAUGGUCACGUUUUUUAUCCAUAAAAGUGCUUAGUAAAGAAACUUUUUAGAGCAGGGUUCUCAAAAAAAUCAAUGCGCCGUGUAUAUUUGUGAAAUAUGUGAUUGUAGUUUAAUAGGAAAUGGAAUUGCUGGUUAGAAUUGUGAUUCCUUUUGUUUAAGAGAAAUAAAAUCUCCAAACUUGCUUUAAACUUGUUUUGACUUGGGAUUGUAUAAAGGGUGACUAUAUUUUUAAAUAUGAAUCAUGUAGCUUAAUUGGAACUCUGCAGCUGUGACUGUGAGGAACUCUUCAUCUGUUAAUGAUUUCCUAGUAACUCUCAUUCAAACACUUAAACACCUGAAUGUGUACCAAUCACAAAACAAAAUACUUUAGUAUGUACACAUUAUGUCCAUGUAUACUCAAUUUUAACUAAACUUUUAAUUCUUUAAAGAAGGAUACCUGUACUCUUUAGUCUUUACUGUACCUGAUUUUUUUUUUUUUUGGGGGGGGGGGGGGGUUGUGCCUUUAUUUUGUGUCGGUAUUAGUUUGUCCCUUUGUAUCUCCAGUUUUGUACAAAUUUAGUUAUUCUGAGAUGCAGUAAAUCACUUGAUUUGUCCACUAAAAAGCUCUCGGUGAGAUUCUGCUGUUUCAGCACAUUUGGUAUGUUUAUUGCAGGGUUAUAUUGUGAAGUAAAAAAAAUAUUAUACAACUCGUGACAGGGGAAUAGAUAUAAUCUUGUUUCAGUACUGCGAAUUGCAGUUUACAUGUUUGUUGAGUUUCAGCUUAAAAAAUAAACAAUUUUGGGUAAUGUUUAUGAAAAGUAGAUAUCUUAAUGUAUAUAAACAGGUUAGUGCUAAAAUUAGCAAUGGAAUAUGACUGCAUUUUUUUAACAAGAUAAGUUUGGCCUGUUUUAGCAGUUACUUCUUCCCAAUUAUUCUGUAUGAACAUUAAGCGUGAUUAGAAAUGUCUCCACAAUGCCAAAUUCUUGUCCUAUGUUGUCGCCUAGGAAACACUGUAUACUCUAUUUAACACAAUCACAAAGACUUUCGAAAAUCAACUGUAGGCAAAUUUUGAAGCCUUGACGAUCUCCCGUUGAAGUUUUAGGACACUAAGAGUACGUACUAGUAUUAUGUAAGAUAAAAAGGAUAAAUAACGGAUGUACAAUACUAGUAUUGGUAUUGCCUUAGUGUUGAUUUCUCGAAAGAGUUUACUAUCGUUGGGUAUAAAGUAUCUUCAUUCUUUAGUAGUACAUCGCAUUUGCCCUAUCUUAUACUACAUUUAUUAAAAGAAAGCACCUAUCCCAUUGUAUGAAGAGCAUUUCUUUUGCUUGUAUACUAUUGUACAGGGGGAAGUUCUAUUUACCCUGAAGAGGUUUAUGUGAUAACAUUUAAACAAAGCCAAAAUUUAUAUUUGAUACUCUUUAUUAUUGAAACCUUUAUGUUUUGUCUUUUAAUUAAGGAAGGUAUUGUGAUUUUUCUUUUUGUAUUUGUAAAGUAAAUAUAGUUAUACAGGUGGUAGUUAUUCAAUUAGUAUUUAUCUUUUAUAUCCAUAUGUGAAGUUUAUUUUGACCUGUAUGACAUUGUUGAGAAUGUAUAUUUAUCCCUGCAAUAAAAAUUCCAUGUAAUCAGAAUAAAGUUGGAGAAUUA